AUGCCCGAGCCGGCCAAGUCCGCGCCCGCCCCGAAGAAGGGCUCCAAGAAGGCGGUGACCAAGGCGCAGAAGAAGGACGGCAAGAAGCGCAAGCGCAGCCGCAAGGAGAGCUACUCGGUCUACGUGUACAAGGUGCUGAAGCAGGUGCACCCCGACACCGGCAUCUCGUCCAAGGCCAUGGGCAUCAUGAACUCCUUCGUCAACGACAUCUUCGAGCGCAUCGCGGGCGAGGCGUCGCGCCUGGCGCAUUACAACAAGCGCUCGACCAUCACGUCGCGGGAGAUCCAGACGGCCGUGCGCCUGCUGCUGCCCGGCGAGCUGGCCAAGCACGCCGUGUCCGAGGGCACCAAGGCCGUCACCAAGUACACCAGCGCCAAGUAAGUGCCUCUGCAGGCACCUCUUUAUCCAAAGGCUCUUUUCAGAGCCACCUAUGUUCUCAGAGAGAGAGCUGGUGCGAAGUCGCGCAACAAUCUUUUGAGAACUUGUCGACCCACUAAGGACAAAAAUAGCCACAUGACCCUGUCAAGGGUCUGGAACUCCUUUAUGGAAGAACGCCCUGAGCUUUACAAUGUCGUUUAGGAAUUCCCUACAUUUAAAAGGGCUCUGCCACCUCUCAGGGUUAAGGAAGGAUGUAAAGGGAAAUGUUAAACUCUACGCGUUAUGUUCAAAUACGCCCAGUCCCCUACCGGGGAUCGUUGGACUGGCGCCCAGGGCCGAGGUUUCGCGGGCGGUUUGAAUCCGCCCCGGGCGCG